AUGGUGAACAGGCUGUUGCUCACGGGACGCGAUGCGGUGGAUCAGGCGGUGAGUAAGUUUUUAGAACGACGCGAGGCGAUUCAGCGGGAGGAAGACGGAGGCGACGGGAAAGGUUCUGUCGGCGGUUCGUUCGGCGGUUCCCUCGGCGGGAGCGUGUACGGGAAGUGA